UUUGAAGCUAACCUUGCAGAUCAAAGGCACAAAAUAUACUGUGAACACCUGAGGCCCCCACCCUCUAAAUACUUAGUCCAGGAAACAAUGUUGAAGUGUAGCGGUCAGAUUCUUGCUUGGUGUCACAUUUCUGUGACCAGGUGGCUGGAAUUUGAGAUCAUGCGUCUGCUGCAGCUGAUCAGCCACUUUUUGAUCGAGUUAUCGGUUGUUAUUACAUGUGGCAGCAUCUGAAAAUGCGGCACUGACCCCCGACGUCAUGUGUGGUGGGUUUCUGCAGAGCCCUCCUGCAGGGUACAGUACAGGACAGUAUGUGACCUGCGAGAGGCUCCCCCGCCAAGACUAAUAAAGUUGUGGUCAUCGAUACGCAAAGAGUUUUAGAUCAGUGGUGAGGGUGGCAUAUCCCCUGACAGGCACGUUAUUACUCAUCAGCCACAGUUCCGCAGAUUGUAUUUCAAGUGUUAGGAAGCUCCUGAGUCACCCUCAAGGCGUUUCUGUCACUGGUGCGCGUGGGUCCCUCCGUCUGCCAUCAGCUCAGCCUACCUGCUGAGCAAGAAGAGCGAGGACACACUGUGACCUGGACCUGGUCCUUGUUGGAUGAGAGGAGUGUGAAGCGGUGAAAACUUACUGCCAAAAGAUGUCUCACCAAACUGGAAUUAUUGCAACAUCUGAGCUGAAAGAUUUUUUGGCCCGAGCGAGGGGAGGUGCCAUCAGAAUCCUGAAGAUUAUCAUCAGAAACGAGGAAUUGGUGCUACAUUCACACAAAGAGCCAGCCCGGAGCUGGGACAAGGAUUACGACCAGUUCCUGCUUCCUCUGCUCACGCCUCUGGAGCCUUGCUACAUCCUCUACCGCCUGGACUCCAAGAACGCGCAGGGUUAUGAAUGGAUCUUCAUUGCAUGGUCACCUGACCAAUCACCAGUGAGGCAGAAGAUGGUGUAUGCAGCGACUCGUGCCACACUGAAGAAAGAGUUUGGAGGAGGUCACAUCAAAGACGAAGUGUUUGGCACGGUGGAGGAUGACGUGUGUUUCCAGGGAUACCUGCGCCACAGGUCCUCCUGCUCCUCCCCAGCUCCUCUCACAGCAGCUGAGCAGGAGUUACAACGAAUUAAAAUCACAGAGGAUAAAGUUGUGUGGGAUGAACGCAGACGAAUUGGGACUCCAACAGCGAGAGCAAGGGUAACUAUGGAGUUUGGCUUGGACAAACGGGCACAGACUCUUCAGGGUCUUGCGUUUCCUUUACAAGAAGAGGCCAAACGAGCUUUGCAACAACUCAAGUAUAAACGCAUCAACUACAUCCAGCUGAGGCUGGAUGUAGACAGAGAGACCAUUGAGCUGGUUCACACUAAACCUACAGAAAUCCACGAACUUCCCUACAGGAUUCCCACAGAUACACCUAGAUACCACUUUUUCAUCUUCAAACAUUCCCAUCAGGGCCAGCAGGAGGAAGCUCUGGUGUUUAUAUACUCGAUGCCUGGGUACACCUGUAGCAUCAAGGAGCGGAUGUUAUACUCCAGCUGUAAGAACAGGCUACUGGACGAGGUGGAGAGAGACUACCAGCUGGAAGUCACCAAAAAGAUGGAGAUAGACAGUGGUGAUGGUCUGACAGAAGACUUCCUGUAUGAGGAGGUCCACCCCAUGGAGCACACUUUAAAGCAGGCAUUCGUCAAGCCCCGUGGACCGGGAGGGAAAAGGGGCAACAAACGCCUCAUCAAGGGUGCAGGAGAAAACGGGGAAGAAAAUUAAACAUUACACACAUUUGCAUAACACAAGCACAGAACACAAUAUCUAAGAAUUUACUUGUUAUUUGAUUUGAAUUUAUUCAUGUCUAGUUUCUUAAUCUAAUCAGUUUUUUUAAGGGGAUGCAUCAUCAUCAUGAAACUGUAAAUUCUUGUUAAAAGUCAUUUAAAUCAUGUGGCAGAUGUUAUAAAACUUACACUCCAUUGUAGGUUUUCACUGUGCAGCCUCAUCUCUGUGUAAUGCUCUAAAAAUAGACAACAGCAACAUACAAUACCAUGUAAAAGUCUUGGGCCACAAGUCAUUUCUUUAGAUUUUGGUUGGAAGGAGUCAGGCUUUCUGCAGGUCUUUUAAAGUUUUUUUCUUUCAACACUGACUGCUUUUUCAGUUAUUUUGAGUCCAGUCCUUGAUCAUUUUCAGGAGAUUUUUUUUAACUUAUUUGUUAAGACUCUUAAC